AUGGCAAGUGAAGAGGCAUGGAAAGGAGAAGAGUGGGGUGUGACUUACUUCCUCCCGAGAAAGCCAUGGCCUAAGGCUCUUGCCUUGUAUGGAAGUUUCAUACUUGGUGGGAUUGGUGCUGGUAUGCUUCUUGAAGCUUGGAUCAACAACAAAGUCAAACAAGAUGGUGGUGUCAUUUGGGAAUUCGACAAGUGA